AUGUCCUUCUCAAUCAGCCCUGGAUUUGAUGUCAUUGGUCUGGCCCUUUCUGUCUGGCUCGAGCUGCGUGUUACUGUAGACUCUUCCAAGAAGUCUUCAGAGUACCAGUCUAACUGCAAGAUCACCUAUGAAGGUCUCGGCAAGGAGAGUGUUGAUCUCGUUGCUGAUCGCAACCUGAUCACUCAGACUGCUCUCUACGUCUUGCGAUGCCACAACCAGCAUGCUUUCCCUUCAGAGACUCACGUUCACAUCAUUAACCCCAUCCCUCUUGGCCGUGGUCUUGGUUCUUCUGGAGCUGCUGUUGUUGCUGGUGUUAUGCUCGGUAGCGAAGUUGGUGGCCUUGACUUGUCCAAAGACCGCAUGCUCGACUUCUGCCUGAUGAUCGAGAGACACCCUGACAACGUUGCUGCUGCUCUGUUCGGUGGCUUCGUCGGCUCUUACCUCAAGGAUCUGGAUGAGGAGGACAUGAAGCGCAAGGAGAUUCCUCUGAGUGAGGUCCUCCCUGCCCCCGCUGGUGGUGUCGACACUGGGCUUACUCCUCCCAUUCCUCCGAUCAACAUUGGCAAACACAUCAAGUUCAACUGGGCUCCUGAGAUCAAGUGCAUUGCUAUCAUUCCUGACUUUGAGGUCUCUACCGCGAAGGCUCGCUCGGUUCUUCCCACCAACUACCCCAAGGCCGAUGUCAUUUCCAACCUCCAGAGAAUCGCUCUGUUGACCACAGCACUUGGUCAGAGCCCUCCCAACCCUGACAUGAUCUACGAUGGCAUGCAGGACAAGAUCCACCAGCCUUACAGAAAGACUCUAAUCCCCGGCCUGACUGAAAUCCUGAAGUCUGUCACCCCUACAUCGCAACCCGGUCUUCUCGGUAUCUGCCUGUCAGGUGCUGGUCCUACCAUCCUGGCCCUGGCGACUCACAACUUCGAGCAGAUCGCCAAUCACUUGAUUGGUGAGUUCAAGAAGGAGAAUAUCAGCUGUGAGUGGAAGCUCCUGGAACCUGCCUACGAGGGUGCUGUUUGUACCAGAGAUGUCGAAAAGCCCAAGGCCAUGACCUACGCCGACGCUGGUGUCUCUAUUGAUGCCGGUAAUGACCUAGUUGUUGCUAUCAAGAAGGCUGUCAAGUCUACCCGCAGACCUGGCGCCGAUGCUGAAAUCGGUGGUUUCGGUGGUGCACUCGACCUCAAGGCCGCCGGCUACGAUGAGGCUCCCAUCAUCAUCCAAGCCAUUGACGGUAUUGGUACUAAGCUGAAGGUAGCUUUCGCUAUGGACAAGUUCGACACUGUUGGUAUUGAUCUUGUUGCCAUGAACGUUAACGAUCUGGUCGUACAAGGUGCGGAGCCUUUGACAUUCCUGGACUACUACGCUUGUAGCAAGCUGGAGAUCAAGGAGGCCGUGUCAUUCAUCGAGGGUGUCGCAGCCGGCUGUCGUGAAUCAGGAUGUGCCCUUGUUGGUGGAGAGACUGCUGAGAUGCCUGGAAUGUACCAGGGCAACGAGUUCGAUGCCGGUGGUUGCGCCACCGGUGCACUCAAGCGUGGACGUACCAUCCUGCCUGAUAUGGCAUCUAUGGUCGACGGUGACAUCCUUCUUGGACUUGCCAGUGAUGGUGUGCACUCGAACGGCUUCUCUCUCGUCAGAAAGGUCGUCGAGUCCAAGGGACUCUCAUACCACGACAAGGCUCCUUGGGCACCUAACACCAGCAUUGGUGCCAGCUUGUUGACCCCUACUCGUAUCUACGUCAAGUCUCUCUUGAAGGCUGUUGAGAAAGAUCUCCUUAAGGGCAUGGCUCACAUCACUGGUGGUGGUCUCUACGACAACAUCCCCAGAAUGCUGCCUAAGACUCUGGCAGCUGAGGUCGAUGUCUCCGCAUGGACCGUCCCCCCAGUGCUCAAGUGGCUCAAGGAAGCCGGCAACGUCGAGUCUCGCGAAUUUGCCCGCACAUGGAACACCGGCCUUGGCAUGGUCAUUGUCGUCAGCAAGGAGAACGCUGCUGAGGCACAGAAGGUUUUGGAAGAUGCUGGUGAGAGAGUUUCUGUUAUCGGAAAGCUCUUCACCAGAGGCGAGGAUGAAGUUGUUCUCAAGAACCUCGAUGCAUGGAACUAA